AUGGACGAAGAGGAGUCAGAUCCGUUGGUACCUCCUCCUAAAGCCACCAAGAGCGAGAGAAUCAGCUGGUUCAGGAGAAAGCUACCUGAGCUGGAGAUACUGAAGUCAACAACCAAGAGCAAGAGGUUCCACGGAAGAGUCUUGGAGUUGUACAACAAGAACUGCUCAGCUCAGUUCUUCAUGGUUUGGCUAUCUCCCGCAAAUUCCUUUGGACCAAGAGAGAUGUUAGCUGUUGACACCCUCUUCACCACCAACCCUGGUGCUUGCUUGGUGAUUUUAUCCAACUCCUUAGACUCACCAAGAGGAUCCACCAUCCUUAAGCCCUUGCUUGACCAAGGCUUCAACCUCGUUGCCGUGACACUAGACAUCCCGUUCCUCGUCAAGAACACUCCAGCAGAAGCGUGGCUUAAGAAGCUAAAGAGCGGUAAGAUGGAUCCUGGCUCCAUCCCUCUCUCCAUGAACCCCUCUGAUCUAACAAGACUUGCGGUGCUCUACAAGUACGGAGGAAUCUAUCUAGACACAGACAUCAUCUUCCUCAACUCCAUGACUGGACUGAGAAACGCGAUAGGAGCACAGAGUUUGCAUCCUAGAACCAAGAGAUGGACAAGACUAAACAACGCGGUGAUGGUCUUUGACCUUCACCACCCUCUUAUGCGCGAGUUCUUGCAAGAGUACUCCACAACUUUCGACGGUAACAGAUGGGGAUACAACAGUCCUUACCUAGUCUCUAGAGUUAUCAAUAGGUUAGGAGGACACAAGCCUGAGUACAAUCUAACGAUUUUCCACCGGAUGCUUUCUAUCCAGUGA